AGAGAAGACCUGGGUCUCCCUUGCUCACCUUCGCAUCCUAGGGCAUGGUACACAGUAGACACUCAGUAAACAGUUCUCAAGUGGUUGAAGACAUAUAAUCACUGCCUUGUCUUUGUUGUCCAGAGCCUACCACCUUUAACAGCAAAGUAAACAUAGAAACCAUUUCCUUGACCCGUGGGAGACGCCAGGAUGGAAAUCUCAACCACCCCAAAGGACUAUGAUACGACCACAGAAUAUGACUACGGGGACACAACUCCAUGCCAAAAGGGACAACUGAGGGCCUUCUUGGCCCAGCUGCUGCCCCCCUUGUACUCCCUGGUAUUUGUCAUUGGCCUGGUCGGCAACAUCCUGGUGGUCCUGGUCCUCAUGCAAUACAAGAGGCUCAGAAGCAUGACCAGCAUCUACCUCCUCAACCUGGCCGUUUCUGACCUGCUCUUCCUCUUCACGCUGCCCUUCUGGAUUGACUACCAGCUGAAGGAUAACUGGAUUUUCGGUGAUGGCAUGUGUAAAUUGCUCUCAGGGCUUUAUUACAUAGGCUUGUACAGCGAGAUCUUCUUCAUCAUCCUGCUGACCAUCGAUAGGUACUUGGCCAUUGUCCAUGCUGUGUUUGCCCUGCGGGCCCGGACUGUCACCUUUGGUAUCAUCACCAGCAUCAUCACCUGGGUCCUGGCCAUCUUGGCUUCCAUCCCGGCCUUGUACUUUGCCAAGACCCAGUGGGAGUUGUCUCAUUACACCUGCAGUCUUCAUUUCCCUUAUGAGAGCCUAAAACAGUGGCAACAGUUCCAGGCUCUGAAGCUGAACAUCUUGGGGCUGGUUUUGCCUUUGUUAGUCAUGAUCAUCUGCUACACAGGGAUUGUAAAGAUUCUGCUCCGCCGGCCAAAUGAGAAGAAGGCCAAAGCCAUCCGUCUGAUUUUUGUCAUCAUGAUCAUCUUCUUCCUCUUUUGGACCCCCUACAAUCUGACUGUGUUUGUUUUUGCUUUCCAAGAUGUCUUUUUCACCCAGGAGUGUGAGCAGGGCAAACAGCUGGACCUGGCCAUACAAGUGACGGAGGUGAUCGCCCAAACGCACUGCUGCAUCAACCCCGUGAUCUACGUCUUUGUUGGUGAGAGGUUCCGAAAGUACCUGCGCCAGUUGUUCCACAGGUUUGUGGCCGUGCACCUGGCUAAGUGGCUCCCCUUCAUCUCCGUGGAGAGGCUGGACAGGGUCAGCUCCAUGUCCCCCUCCACAGGGGAGCAUGAACUCUCUGCUGGGUUCUGACUCAGCCCCCUGCAGGCCAACCAGGACCAGCAACAGUGACCUGCCAGGCACACUGGCCAGAGAGGAGGCAGUUUGACUCUCCCAGAUUCUGACACCUGACACAGCACAGAAUUGCACCACUUGGGGCUGAGGAAGCUUAACGGUGCUCUAGACUAAAUCACCUCUGGGGCUUGAGUCCUCGCCAUGAACUUCUCCCUGCUGGAAAGGAAAUGAACGAGCAAAAU